ACGGCGUACCUCAUACUGCAAUCAACCAACCCCAGACGUAACACACACACACACACACACACACACACACACACAGUACAGAGAUACGCGCCUUACAUCUCGAGUCACUCUGCCGCUCCCCUGGCCUCCAGCAAGACUCCGGCGAGGCCUCACAAUCACCGCCACUUCUACCUCUACAUUUCACUCUAUUUCACUCUACUUCUACUUCUAUCCUUCAUUGCCUGCUUCUUGGAUUCUUUCUCCCCGCAUUUGUCAUUAUUUGACUGCUUCUAACCCCUCCUUUUUAUAUGAGCGUCAGACUGUGUCUCGCUCAAUCGUUAGGUCUAUUGAAACUGCUCCCAACCUCCGUCCUCGGUCUUAACUUGGAGUGCCUGUGGCGUUUCACUUGUGCUAGUCCACAACUUUGUUUCAUGAUCACAGCUGCUCUUUCGUCGCCAGUCUUGGCAGCACCGUGAUUCACCACUCUACAACGUCUGUAUCUUUCUGUUGCGAUAGUGCUAUUUCGAAUUCGAAGUAUCGGCGCUCGCCCUCGUUAUCGACCAUGAUGUCAUCUACUAUCGCCAUUCCGACUUCGCGCUCUUCAGCUAGUCCCUGUGGGCAAUCAACCAAGGCUUGCAUGAGCUCUUCGUCCUCCUUCUCAAGCUCUCCACAGUCUCCAGCUUCGGCUGGCCCAGAGACACCGGUGUCCGCUCACAAGUCAAAGGCGAUACACCACCGUCGGCCGAGUUUGCUAAGCUCCGCUCUGUCUAAAGAAAAUUGCACGCAUAUUAAUGUUGGCGAGCCAGACGGCCCGCCUCGGCUGAUUUCGUACCUAGCCUCGAGCCAAGGCUUCAUGUGGAACCCCGAGAUGUUUCUCCCUUCAUACCUUGACCUGGACUAUGAACCCUUGGAGAACCGCCGAGAGCCUGUUCACGAGAUCCGACUCAGUGACGAGGAAAUUAAGAACAUGCUGCCAUGACAUGGUUAUCGACGGCCCAUGAUCACUUUCUAUUCAUAGACCUGGAAACGUCUUCGCAAGAUUACAUGACCAUUUUCGCAAUACUACGGCGCCUGGAUUCGGGUUAUAUCA